AUGGUGAACCUCAACAUGAACACGAUGACAUUGUAUUCUCAUCUGCUUGGAUCAUCAACAAAAAUUCCAAUGUUGAUUCCAGAUUACUACGAUCAACGGGCAGAUCGUAUGGAAGACUAUCUCAAUGGAUUGGAUGAAAAGUUAUGGAAUUGCAUCAAAGGAAGUGUUCAACCACCAUCGAAUACUCAAAAUAUAAGAUCAUCUGGAUCAACAUCUGUAGUAGAAGAACAAGCAAGAAGGCUGAAAAACAAUGAGAAGCGUUGUAUGAGAGAGCUGAGAGGUGCUUUGCCACCUGUUUCUUACAACUACAUCCAUGGUUGUAAAACUGCAAAAGAGAUCUGGAAUACUCUCAAAGAGAAAUAUCAGGGGAAUGAGAAAACGAAAAUGAACUCUGUUAAAAAGUGCUUGGUUGAACUGAAAGAAUUCAGACAGAAAGAGAAUGAAACAAUUGAAGUUUAUUAUGAUCAUCUGAAUGAGUUGAUUUAUAGGUGUAAUCGCUAUGGGAUUACAAGGUCUUCCAUGGAGUUCAAUCUUACAUUUGUAAUGGCACUUCGUAAGGAGUGGAUAAGUGUAAGCAUGAUGGCGAAGAAUUAG